AUGCUGCGAAAGCUUUGGAACAAUACUGGGGAUACCUUCAGCUCGCAGGAGGAGGCUGCAGUAGUUGGUCUGGCAUCGGCACAUAGCCGAUUGGUCAUCGAAAGCGGCCGGGUGAACACGAAAAGUGAGGCUGGAUUCAAUUCAUGCGCUUUAUUUCUGGAGAGUUUGGAUUCCACUGCUCGAGUCAUGCACAUUGACGCAGCACCUAGAAAGUACCGAUCUUCGUUCACAAUCAAUUACCGGGCUCUUUUCCCAGACGAGGCAAGAAAUUACCGUGUCGAUGUGCUAGAGGCAAGCGUCGAACAGUAUGCCGUGAUUUGGGUCAACGGAGACAAGUUCGAAUUCAGUGCAGAAGCAAUGCGUCGUGCGGAGGCUCUGCAGAGAUGUUGGGCGGACUUGGCCACGCUGCUUGAACGAUGGAACACGGAGCAGGUCCGUGCAUCCCGCCCAGCAAGAUCCGACUUUCGGGAUGCCUUGGUUGCGCUUGACAUGGCCUGGGCGAGUUUUGAGCACAAGUACAUCAUGGAGCUGAUUGAGAUCGAAGAGAAAGCCCGGCGACUGGUGGUUCAGGCGAUUGAGCGCGAGAAGAAGCUCCAGUCUAUUGAGGCUCGCAGUCUGGAAGCAGACGUGUUUCAGCGGCCCGAUUACCAGGAGGAGUUGAGGCGAUUUGUGGCCUGCAUUGCGCACCUCAACUCUGUGGCGAACGUUCGUCGCAAGGGAAGGGACGACCUAAGCAUGGAUGUCCUCUUGGAUGCCAUGCAGACGCUUUCCAAGUGCGAUGCAGCGGAGAAAGGUGGCCAAAACUCUGAGAAGUUGGCGGCUGCAAGAAGCCUUACGAAAGACGUCUUGGAUUCCUUCACGGCCAUGAGGGAAUACCUGAGAGAGGUCGCGCGAUGUCUUGAAAGAGUUGAUCCGCACCUCUGUAACAAUGCAGGAUUGGUGGCGAGACUCGUGGACUGGGAGGAAAGCUGGGAGGUCGGAACUCGAUACGUCCAGCAGGAGAAGAUGUUGACGGCGGUUUGCGACCUGGUCGCAGAGAUCCGGGCAGCGCAGCGACUCACACCGGUUCUGGCACAGAUGUGUGAAGAAUGCGACGUCGAGAUGUUUAUGGUGCUUCCCAGGUUGGCAUGGCUCAGAUACUUGGACAAGCCGUGUCAGCUCUCCGGUCUCUUCAAGAGCCUUUUGCCUCACAGGUUUGCUGACAGCAACAUGGUGCAGAAGGAGGCGCCUGAACCCAGCGAUCCGGAGCUAAUCAGCUUGAUGCAGAAGUUUGGGCGGACCAAGCAGCUCUUGAUGGAGACCAUGAAGCCCAGCCAAGGUGGAACACUGACCACUGGCCGCUUCGAAGAUGCCGCUUGGGAAGUGCUCGUGAAGCGAGUCGUGAAUGGAGUCAACGGGGACAUAUAUACAAACGUAUGUCCCACUCUCCGGGAGCCUGUGGAAAAGGCCGUUGAGGAGCUCAUGCGUGAUUUAGAAGCUUGGAGCAUGGAGCUGGCCAGACAUUGUCCAGAGGACUGGAAUCAAUGCUGCGGCAUUCUUGUGCAAUGCUUAUCUGGAAGUGAGAAGGAAGGGAGUAAAGGACCCUUCCGUGUCUGA